UAGUGCUCGCACUUGCGGAACAUUGAACAUCGGAACCUUUGAACUCUCGUCAGUAGAACGCCCGGAACGCAAUUCAACACGGAACGUUCUGCUUCCGGUCCAGUUGUCAACAUUGAGAGCACCACGCGUGUUGUCGGGAAAAAUGCCGAAAGCUCAGAAAGGAAAACCAGCAGAGAAGGCUGUUCACCCGUUCAGCAGGAAAGCUGCUUACCUCGCCAGAGAAGAAAUCAGACUGAAAAAGAAAGAAAGACAGAAGAAUGACAAGGCAACACGUUUGAGCGGCACCGGUGAGAAGCUGUUGUGGUUUCAGGGACAGCUGGAUCCAGAAAAGACUAUUUACAACAAAAAAGAAGCCUGUGACAUCAUUGAAAGGUACCUCAAAAGGUUUGACUCUGAACUUGAGCAGAUUGAGCUGAUGAAUGGGAUCAAAGGUCGGCAGGGUCGUCUUCACGGGGCGAGAGAGGCUGUCAUCAAGCAGUCAAUUGAGCGAGAACGUUCACAAUAUGAGAGUGUCGGAUUUGAGAUCCCAGACAUCAUCAAUGCAAAACAUUUGAAAACAUUCAGGGAGUGGAAUGGUGAUGUGAAGAAACUUCCAAAUAUCAAACUGCGAAAGAUUUCUAACAAGGGUUUGGACACAAAGACAGAACAGGAGGAGAAACAGGACAUAGAAAAUGAAUUUGAGGAUGAUGAAGACGACAACUUUGAUGAAGAGGAGCUGGAUGACAAUGUGCUGAUGUCAGACUGAAACUGAAGUUACUUCUGUAUCAGAACUCCACUGUGAAGCUGAACAGGAAACCGGCCUUCAGUGGGGACUUUUUCAGAACAGUGUGUUUUGUGGGACUAAAGCUGCAGUUCCAUGGCUGUCCUGAAGGGGACGCCAAGUUGUCAGAGAUGGAAAACUAAAACCAGCAUUCUUGAUGCUUAGUGACUUCACACUAGCCUGUGAGGGGGGUCUACAUUCAUUGUUUAUUGCACAAACAAAUAUGCAUUGUAUGUGACAUGAAACAUUUUACCUGAUCAGAAAUAGAAAAAAGAUUUAGACAAAGAUGUUGAGUGCCCUCAACUGUAGUUGAUACAAGAUGCACAGACAAUUUCUGUGACGAGAAUUUGACAUUGAAAAGCAGAGAACAACAGGCGCCUCUUUGGCUGUUCAGAUAUUCAUACAGUGUGUCAAGUGUAAUAAUGGAUGGCAACAAUAAAAGCUUGUAUAACAUCAGUGUAUAAAUAACAUGACCUGACAGACAGGACCACAUAAAGCUGAAAACAGCCAAAACAAAACAUCAGGAACAUCUGGGCGACUAGAGACUUGCUAUUUCAAGAAAUAUUCAAAAUUUCCCUGUGACGAUAAAUAAAUUCAGCUUUUUCAAAACAUUAAAAUGUUUCCAUUUCAGACUGAGCUAAAGUUAGCGUUUAAAUACAUGUUUCUCUAUUCACCAUGUCUGACUCUUUGGUGACUGAAGACCUGAUUGUCCAGAAGAGGGUGAAGGCCUCAGUAUGCUUCAAGUAAAGGUGCUUGUUGGGCCAGCUUCUGAAACUUCUUACCCUCUUCAGGUAAUAGCUAGUAAGUACUUCAGAGGUGUGUAAGUUUCUCCUCAAACUCGUUUUCCACUCUCAAUCUUUCUCAUCUGAUGUCUGCAGUGGAAUUCAGUGUAAUAAAUACCUUUAAAUUGA